ACUCAGAACAGGUCUUGAGUGAGAGCUGCAACUCUUACAGGUGGUUGAUGUGCAUCAAAUCCUCACUUGACUCCCUUGGUGACAGCCACCGCUCCUUCGACACCCAAGACGGCAGCUCCUUCAUUGAAGUUGACCCUGAAUGCAUCUCCCUGCGUUGGGCAAUCGAUGCCAAUGGCUUUGGUUUUGAUCUGCCAAGAUCACAGUCUUCAGAUCACAUCCUCUUCUCCAAGGGUCUUCUUCAGUUGCCUGUUCUCGACAAAUCUGAGUCGCUGAGUUCAUCAAGAUCGCUUCUUUCCCUGCCCAACCACUGCCGGAGUAUAUCCUCAUCCUUGAUCUCUUCGACUCUCUUCCAAUCAGCACACUACACACCCUCAUCCAGAAGUCUCGCUUCAAGGAAUGCAAAGUUGAGGCACUGUGCUGGAUGUCUGAAGAAGGUUAUAUGGAGAUACAUGUGCUUUCUGAUGCACUUAUGUGAGAAGGUAAAAGCCUUGAGAUUGACUUCAUCAAGAUCAGAGAAGAGCUGCACGAACUUGGCUGGGAGUUCUCGGAGGACGAGUGAUUCCUGCUCGAGCAGAGAAUGUUGCAACAGCUAUGCUGAUAUAUCAAUCCAUGAUGCAAUUCUUCACUGCAAAAAAUCAAAUGAGCAGGAUAAGUGAUCAGGAUUGUAGAAGAGCAAGGAAGAAAGGAACCAGUUUCUCCAUUUUCAUCAGGGAUGAACUCUCCACAAAGAAUGAGAAAUCAAUUAUAUUUGAUCCAUGCAGUCAAAGAAAGAAAUGACAACCAUAAAAGAAAGAAAGAGAGUCAUCUUCCUACGGUUAACUUCCUCUGUCUCUUGGUUUCAAGAAAGUGUAAUUUCCACUGUUCAGAGAACAAAGAACAGCAAAUGUAUAUUUAUGGGUCUUGUGAAAUGCCACCAUGUAAUAGAUUGCAACCA